AACAUUACUAUCAAUUGCUGAAACAAAUGCACAGUUUUUGCAUUUAAAUCUAUUAUCAUUUAACAACAGGGCAGGCCAUAAUUCGUUGAACAAUAGCCCUGCACCUUCUCCAGCAGCUCAAACUACACUGAAUCCGUUCGGCUCAUUGCCUUCUGCAUUUGGUGCUGGUUUGCUUGCAGGCAGCUUGUUUGGUAGAGGUUCCCCAUAUCCUUAUUAUCCUUACUACGGUGGAUACGGAGGAUAUGGUCCGUAUACGCCGACAAAUUAUUACAUUUACUAUGGUCGCUAUCCAUACUACUACUAUUAUUAUCGUGGUUAA